AUGGCUUUGCCGGGCUGUCACCUGGCUGUCACUACUCGGUUUCUCUUCUCAUUGUGGCGCUGUGACUGUUGGAGGCAGCAACAUCGGCGGCCGCUUUGGGCAUGCUGCGGGACGGUGCUGGCCACUAACAGCUGCACCGUGACUGCUGCUCCUUGCCGACCUAGCCGCCAGGACACGGCCGACGAGCCGAAUGCGGAAACGGCUUCGCGGAGAAUAGAGACAUUUCCCCCAUGA